AUCCUGAUAUCAGCUCACAGCCGAGGGGGGUGAGAAAGAGAAGGUAAGAGCGAAGGCAAAAGCGAAAGUAACAGGAAACAAGAAGAAAAAGAAACGGCAGAUACAGAGAGAGAGAAAUAGGCUGACAACUCAAUAGAUAAUGAAAAAAAUGGGACGUGUUGAAGGCUUUCCAGUGCCUGAAUUACUGGCUCUCAUCUUGGCUUUGUCCUGGUACUUCUCCCUGCUUCCUGAACAAUCAGAUCUCUUGACUAUGUUUUUGAUUAUCACAACAUUUACUGGAGGAUCUUUCAUCAUUGUCUUCACAAAAAAAUCGGGUUUUACUGUGGGGGCAUUCAUAUGCGCAGCUGCAGUGACUGUCUUGGAAAUGUUUAUCAUUCUUUGGAGGAAAGACUCAUCAUAUUAUCCCACUAUUGUUCUUACAGCUCUAUCCAGUGGAACCACUGUGUGGAUUAUUGGCCUAAGAUUCAAAGGGAAACCCAGUCCAAAUGUUUUACAGGAAGUUAAAGCUGAUGGCACGAAGCCUAGGCUGAGCACAGAUGCAAAGAUCGGAAUAUUUUCCAGAUCCAGCCCUGAGGAAUACAUUUGGCUUAUCAAUUACCUGAAAGAAUCCUCGAGUCACACUGUCGUCCCUUUUGUCAUCACCAACACUAACAACAUUAAAUUCAGAGAAGAGGUGUAUCGAUGCAAUUGUGCCAUAUUGUAUCACUCCAUGAGAGGAGGAAGGAUCAAUAUCACUGAUGUGAUGGAUUCUUUGUAUGAUGAUGAACUGGAAUAUCUAUCAUCUGAACUAGGCAAACAGAAUGUUGCAGUUGUUGUUGAUGAUCUAGAUGAUGGCAGCUCCACUGUUCGAAACAGAAUCCUUCAGAGUCAGCCUAAGAUAGAAAAUCUGGCCUGGAAUAUCUUCCUUAUUGACAAACAAACAAAGAAAAAUAACAGUAUCAUCAAGAAACUGAUUAAUCCAAUCAAUGAAAUGUUCAUGGCAGGCUUGUGAUUAUUACAUCAGAAGACUGUAAAAAGAAGGGGUACUUCCGUUCCUUCUCGCCUUUGAUCCAGUGCAUACUGUAGAUCCCUGUGUGACUUCACUCCAGCAAGUGAUAAGCAACAGAUUUAUUCCCACUCCGCACCCCGUCUCUCCUCUUCUAUCCAUGGAAUACAUUGGGCUUUAUACUCCUCUACAUGACAAUAUCCACAAAUACUGCAUCUUUCUGACAGUCCCUUAAUAAAUCCACAUAAAGCAAAAAAA